AUGGUACCGAAACCUCAAGAGAAAGCCUAUGCAGAAAUGGAAGGAGAUAACAAAUCUGGCGAAAGGGUUGUCAUCUCAGGCAUGUCCGGGCUCUUUCCUGAUUCUCGACACGUCCAGGAUCUAGCGGAUAUACUGUACAAUAAGAAAAAUCCAAUUUCAUCGAAACCACGCUGGAGAUAUAAUCAUCCGGAAGUGUCGCAACACACUGGCAAGGUACCCAAUCUAGAGUACUUCGACGCCCAGUUCUUCAAGGUGCACUAUCGGCUUGGACACACCAUGGACGCAAUGUCACGCAAAAUCCUAGAGCAGGCAUAUCAAGCAAUCUAUGACUCAGGUGUAAGUCCAGAGCACCUCUCUGGGAAAAAAGUUGGAGUUUACAUUGGCACUUGCUUCUCUGAAAGCGAAAAGGUUUCCUUUUAUGGCGCCAGUACCAGAACUGGGUUCGGCGUAGCUGGAUGCAACAAAUCGAUGUUCGCGAAUCGCAUUUCCUACUGGUUAAACGCCAAGGGACCCUCGAUGUCCAUCGACGAAUCCUGCUGCAGCUCCAUAGCGGCCCUUGAGCAAGCCUAUUUGGCGCUAAGUCGCGGUGAUUGCGAAGCGGCAAUUGUUGGCGGCGGCAACGUUUGCUUGCACCCACAGUCAUCCGUACAUUACAGCAGAAUCAUGUCCAUAAGCAUGGACGGUAAGACGAGAUCAUUUGAUGAAAAUGCAUCUGGGUGUGCGAAAUCUGAAGCAAUUAAUGUCCUUUUCCUCCAAAAAGCUAAAGAUGCUCUAAGAAUCUACGCCGAUGUCAUUCUAGUGAAAAGUCAGUUUACUCAUCUUCAUGAAGAUAAAACUGGACCCAAGUUCGGGUUCUACCGUGAUCCAGCACGUACGGCUGAAUUCCUGAACAAUUUUUACCAAGAAGCAAAAGUUCCACCUCAAGCUGUUGAGUAUGUAGAGGCAUUCGGAUCAGCUAUACCUGAAGCCGAUAAAGCUGAACUGGAGUCUCUUGAUUCUGUUUUCUGCAAGAAUAGAAACAAUGAAUUGCUUGUUGGUAGUGUCAUGUCUAAUAUUGGUUACGGCGAAGCUGCAUCAGGAAUUUCUGCAGUGACAAAAGUCCUUCUAGGUUACCACAAGGGAGCUUUGGCUGCAAACCUGAACCUUGAAAAUCCAAGGCGUGAUGUUGCCGCGUUACGCGACGGGCGCAUCCGUAUUUUAACUGAAAAUGAGCCUUUCGGUAGGACAUACGCUGCUGUUAACGCCUUAACUAUUACUGGAGUGAACGCUCAUGUUCUCCUGCACGGACAUUACAAGCCCAAGGAUAACUCUCGGUACAAAUCUGAUAUACCAUAUCUCGUUGCAAUUUCUGCUAGACAGAAUUUCUCGGUUCAAAAUGUCUUGGACAACUUAAAAUCUCGUCCAAUUGAUCCCGAAGAAGUCGCUUUACUUCACAACAUCCAUUCGACGAGAAUCUCUGGACAUUUGGGGAGAGGAUUUAUUAUUCUAGGAACAAACGAACAACAGCAGACAGUCAGUCUGUCCGAAAGGGCGGAAUAUUUUGACAAUUUGAAACGACCACUAUGGUUCGUGUACAGUGGUAUGGGAUCUCAAUGGGUCGGCAUGGGCACACAUCUCAUGCGCAUUCCAAUCUUCGCAGCCGCUAUCGAACGAUGCCAUCGAGUAUUAGAACCUAAAGGUGUUGAUAUAGUUGAUAUAAUUACUUCUACGGAUAAAUCUACAUUCGACAACAUCCUAAACUCAUUUGUCGGAAUAGCGGCCAUACAAAUUGGACUUACUGAUGUCCUUCGAGAGCUAGGACUCGAACCCGAUAAUAUUAUUGGUCACAGUGUGGGUGAAUUGGGGUGUGCGUACGCGGACGGUUGUUUUACGGCCGAAGAGAUGAUACUAGCGGCAUAUUAUCGUGGGCUCGUAUCAGUCCAAACACCGUUUGUUCGUGGAUCGAUGGCUGCAGUGGGAAUUGGAUAUCAGCAGGUAAUAAAGAUGUGUCCGCCUGAGAUUGUGGUGGCAUGUCAUAAUGGUCCAGAAUCUAGCACUAUCUCUGGUCCGGCAGAAAUUAUGAAGACUUUUGUCGCCGAACUAACUGCUAAGAGAAUAUUCGCUAAGGAGGUCCCAUGUUCAAAUAUCGCAUAUCACUCGCGGUAUAUCGCUGAAGCGGGUCCCGAACUUUUAAAACAUUUAAGCAAAGUCAUUAAAACUCCAAAACUUCGUAGUAAGCGAUGGCUCUCAACUUCGGUCCCGCAAGACCGAUGGAAUGAGCCUAUAGCGAAAUAUUCGUCGGCCGAAUAUCACACAAAUAAUCUACUCAGUGCCGUGCUGUUUGAAGAGACCUCGCGGCUUAUUCCAGCCAACGCUGUGUUAGUGGAAGUGGCGCCUCACGGCUUACUACAAGCUAUUUUAAAACGUUCGCUUCCUGAAUCAUGUCGCCACGUGCCUCUCACACGUCGUGGUCAUCCCGAUAAUGUUCAAUAUUUUCUGGAAGCCAUUGGGAAGCUAUACAUGGAAGGGUACAAUCUUAAAGUGCAAGUGCUUUAUCCGAAAAUUGAAUUUCCCGUUUCUACUGGAACUCCAUUCUUAUCCCACUUGGUUGAGUGGGCUCAUAGUGAGAAAUGGAGUUUGCCGUUGUAUGUAUCAGCGCACAGGAAGAUUGCAGCUUCCUGUAAAUUCGUAUACUCGAUUCAUGAUGUGGAAAAUGAAUACUUGACCGGGCACGUCAUAAAUGGAAAAAAUACUUUCCCGCUUGCCGCUGCAUUAGUUGCCGCUUGGGACGUCCUUGCGAUGACAGUUGGUGUACCCAAGAAGAGCUUAUCAGUUGAAUUUCAUGAUGUGAAGUUUUACUGCCAGCCUGUUUUGCACGAUUUGCGUUUGUUACGUCUUUUUGUCUCACUCCACAGAGGAACUGGACUUUUUGAGAUAAUGGACGAAAAUACCAAGGUUGCUAUAGGUCGGAUUAAUGGGGAAGUUGUUGAUACUAAAGCAUUCGCAAUGGAAUCUACAUUGCCUGAGGAGUUGGAAUUAAAUUCUCAAGAUACAUAUCAAUUACUGUCCAAGAGAGGUUACUCCUACAGUGGUGAGUUCCGAAGUAUACACAGCAUUAGCAAAUGCAUAACCGAAGCACAGAUAUUUUGGCGCAAUAACUGGGUGACUUUCAUCGAUGGCAUGCUACAGCUCAGUGCUCUAAGGCAUCCACAUGACACUGUAUCAGAUCCUAUUUAUACAAAGAGGAUGAUUAUUGAUGUAAUAAAGCAUAACGAAGUCGAAACCAUACCGAUAGAUGAAAAUAUUGUCAUGAAGGCUAAUGUUAUCAAAACCAACAAUUUAAUUAGGUGCGGAGGUGUCGCAAUAGAGGAUGUUAAAUUCCGUGAUCUUCCAACAUUCAACAAGAAAAAAGAUUUGAUGUCUUUACAUUUCAUUCCAUUCUUCCAACAGUCUGAUUCGGAUAUUGCAACAGCUCUUUUUGUCUAUUUGCAAAUAGUGGCUGAAAACGUGAAUAAAACGACAAUUAACAUAUUACAGUUAUCUGAUAAUGAGGAUGAAGUGUCAAAUUUCAAAGACGUUGUUGAAAGUUUUACCAAAAUAGCCAAUAUUAAAGUUCAUCAUGAUGUUCUUUGUAGAAACAUAUUGUUAGAAAAAAAAGUACAGCUUUCAGCGAAUUUUGAUUUACUGUUAGUUGAAAAUCUUUCAGCUGAUGAUAAGCUAUGUCAAACAUUGCAUCACAUGCUGUGUAAUAACACGUUCCUUAUAAACAAAGAGAAUUGCUCGAAGGAUUCAACAUUGAAUAGACCAUCAACACUCUACCAUGUUCUAAGCGCACAAUAUAUAAAAGGCCAUUCUAUUGAACUUGUGCACUGGAGACCGACGACUGCUUCAGCUGCUACAACCGCCUUUACAGUGCGCUCAUCUUCUGAUUUGGAUUUACUAUCUUCUACGCUUACAACACUACCACAACAACAUAGGCUUCUCAUUAUCACGUCACACCCUACCAUUGAUCGGCUUAAAGCGCUCGUGCAGAAAUGGAGAAAGGAUCGUCUUAUUCACGUGGUUGUUAUGAACCAUCAAAUUGACGAAGACCGAAAUGCGGAAGGAUUGCCGAAUAACGACUUAGCAUUUAACGUACUUAAUAACGGGCAAUGGGGCGGUUGGUUCUUUGUACCUUUCAGACAAAAGCCACCUAAAGUAUCUGAUAUGUCGUUACAAUGUUCCCGCGUCGGCGAUUGCAACUCUCUGCACUGGGUCGAAAUACCCAAAAUUGUCGGUCCAGGCAUAAAAGUAACUGUACAUUAUGCUGGAAUAAAUGACAUAGAUGUUAAAAGGUGUAACGGAAUCAUUCCACCGGACGCUGGCCAAAAUAGCUUCGGAAUGGACUUUAGUGGUGUAACUGAGCGUGGGGAGCGUGUGAUGGGCUUAGUUAGCAGCGGUGCGGCAAGCUCUCAUGUUCUUGCAUCACCUGAACUGCUCUGGCCGGUUCCGAAACAUUGGACCCUCGAAGAAGCUGCGACUGUCCCCUUAGCUUACUGUGUUGCGUUUUACUGCCUCUGUAUAAAAUAUAGGCUUUACCCUGGUAUGAGCAUACUUGUACACGGCGGCGCGGGAGCUAUAGGUCAAGCUGUAAUAUCGAUUGCCCUAAGAAAUGGUUGCAGGGUCUUUACUACUGUAAGUGACGUUAGUAAAAAACGUUUCCUGCGCAAAAUGUUCUCCGAACUUAAAGAUGAUGAUAUCGGAAAUUCUCGUGAUCACACUUUUGGCGAUUUAAUAUUAACCACUACAAAUGGAAAUGGUUGCGACAUAGUAAUAAGUUGUGUUAAAGAUAAUCUAACAAAUGCAUCCAUGAAAUGUGUGAAACUGUCAGGCAUUACGUUAGACCUAGUUCAAAUUGCAACGAGAGACAACUAUUCAUUCGGAAUGUACAACCUUAAUAAAGACAGAUGUUACACAACCAUAGACUUUUUGCGAUUGUUAACACAAGGAAAUGUUAAUGAAAUAAGGCAACUGCAACUGAUGAUGUCUGAGGGUAUCAAGCGUGGAUACGUGCGGCCGCUAUCGCGAGUAGUCUAUUCUCCACUCGAUGCACCACGCGCAUUUCGUCUAUUGGCUGCGAGCCGACACCGCGGUCGUGCCCUGCUUCAGCUCAGGUCAGACAAUCAAGACAGACCUGUUCCACAACCGGAACCCAGGUUGCAUUUGGAAUCAAACUUAAGCCACCUUAUAUUAUGCAACCAAGACUAUUUCGGCUUCCGAAUCGCGGAAAGACUAGUAAAACGUGGUGCCAAAAAAAUUUACCUGCAUGGCUUGAAACAAUCUGCAUUACUUGAGUUUGAAGUCAGGACAUUAGAAAAACUCGGCGUUCAAGUAAAGAUUUGUAAUGAAGCAUUAAAUUGUAAAAAUGACGUCAAGACUUUGAUUAAUGACUGCGCUAGAUUAGGAAAAGUAAAAGGCGUUUAUAUAGUCUCGAAAGAUGAUCAGUCUUUGUAUGGUCUUAAUGUACUACAAGAGUUGGACUCCGUCACAAGAAAAAAUUGUCCAAACCUGAAAUAUUUUUGUCUGGUCAACGGUAACUCGAAUAAUGGUUUACAAACUUGUAUAACGAGAGCUCAAGAUAAACUCCCUGUGACAUUACUAAAAUUACCAACAAUUAAUACGGUGGAUAGCGGUAAAAUCGAGAAGUGUGAAAAAACAAUUUUCAAAGAAUAUACAAUCGAUUCAUUUGAAUAUGCUUUAACAACUAACGAGCCCGUGUUAUUGGCUUAUGAGCAUUCAGAGAAAUCUCGAUCGCUUUUGGAAGAUAUCGCGAUGGUGGCUGGAAUCAAAAUACCUCACGAGAUUAAUGAAACAGUUUCAUUAUCUGAAUUGCAAAUUGGCUCAGAUGAGUCACAAAUUAUUUAUUCCUAUCUUAGGAACUACUACAACAUAUGUUUAUCAGAAAAAGACAUACCAGACUUGACAAUUCAAAGAAUUAGGGAAAUGCAUGAAAAUAUGACAGACACGGGCUUUUCGAAUACAAAAGGUUUGGCAACAUUUUAUUCAUAUGUUGACCCCGAUGAACUUCUCGUUACUACUGAGAUGGUAUUUUUGCCAACCAUAGUAAGCAACUCAACUAUGCGGGACGAUGAAUUUGACGUAACGCAGACGUAUUUAUGUCUGAUUCCGGGCUUAGAGGGGCAUUAUGAACGGUUCCGUAAUUUGUGCGAACGGUUAAAGGUUCCGGCGAUCGUCUUACAACCUGGGCUUGAGCGACCCGACGAGACCGUGUCUAGUUUAGCGCAGCGUUACGCAGAGAUUCUUUUGAAAAAAGCUGAGCUAAAACGAAAAUUCUAUCUCAUGGGAUAUGAAAGUGGAACGUUGGUAGCUUUAGAAAUGGCUGCUAUCCUAGAAGAUCAGGGAAUUACAGGAACAGUCUUCUGUGUUGGAGAGUCGCCAGAUAAAUUUCGAUUGACACUCGACAAAGAACUUGGAGAAUAUGAAAAUGACGAAGAGUUACAAAUCGCGACAGCGCUGCAUAUGUGUAAUUUGAUGGUAGGUGGCGAAACUGACGGUCUGGAAGACGAGAUACGAAAUGCAACAUCGUGGCCUGAAAAAGUAAAAACAUGCGUGCAAUCAAUUUUGGGCAGAGUGUCCCAUUCUGCACAAUAUGCACGGGAAACCAUUGAGUGUGCGUACGGACGAAUCAAACAAUUACAAGCCUACAGACCAACACCCCGAGCCCUCCGUUCCAAGAUAAUAUUAAUUCAGGCCGCGUCGUCUGACGGAAGUUCUCAAAAUUCCAUGCAAAGUUAUUCGCAGCAAGCCGUCAUUGUUUACCAACUGCGUGCACCUUUAGCGCAUGCCGCUGCAGAUCUGCGUUGCACUGCUAUAAUCAAUAAGCAUCUCGACGCGGAGUUGUUGGAAGCAUUUGAAAGAAAAAACCUGUGUGACACUUACCUGUUUAAUGCUGACACGUUUGUGUCAAUGGAUCCGGCUUACACUUCUCUAAAUGAC